AUGGCUGUGAAAUACGUGGAGAGCGGGGCACAGGCGGUGCCCAUUCUCUACGACUGGAGCGACCAAGAGCUGACCCAGGCCUUCCACUCGGUGAACGGCGUGCUCUUGACUGGCGGGGAUCUGGACAUUGCUGAUGCCUCCCCUGAAGCUGCCCAGUACAUGCACGCAGCCUCUCUGCUGCUGCAGCUGACGGUGAACAGCAGCCAGGCCGGGGAUCUUGUGCCGCUAUGGGGCACCUGCUUGGGCUUGCAGACCCUGGCUGUGGCGCAAGCAGGCAACAGCUCCGUCCUGGAGACCUUCAAGUUCGACACCAAGGACUACUCGCUGCCUGUUGAGCCCGCCGCGGCCGCUUGGACCUCGCGCCUGCUGCGCCAACUGCCCGCAGACCUGCGCAGGGCGCUGAUCCAAGAAAACAUCACCUAUAACUACCACCACGACGGGGUGUCCCCAGAAGCCUUCCAGAAGAACCAGCGGCUGGCAGAGAUGUUUUCAGUGCUGGCGACCAACAAGGACAGACAUGGCAGCCGCUUCGUGUCUGCCAUCGAGGGCCGACAUCAUCCCAUUUACGCGGUGCAGUUUCACCCGGAGCGUUCGCUGUACUACUGGGACGCCGACGAGCAGGGGAUCAACCAUUCUCAGCACGCCGUCGAGGUGAUGCGCUACUUCGCCGACUUCUUCAUCUCCGAGGCCCGGAAGAACUCGCACCGCUUCACUUCCAAGGCGGCGGAGCGCAAGGCGUUGAUCUACAACUAUGCGCCACUUGGGCGCAGCAGCUACCAGUCCUACGUCUUCCCUGCGGCCUCCGAGAUGGAUUGGAGAACCAGCUGGCCACGAGACGCCAGCGAGACGAUGCUGGUCUGA